AUGUUUCGUAGAGAUAUAAAACUUUAUUCACCUUCAUAUUUAGGUUAUGGUUUAAUGAUUGCACGUCAAACAAUAUUUAUUAAUGAAACAAAUGAUGAAAAAUUAAUUGAAUCUCAUCAAUUAAAAAAUGUUAAUGCUGAUGAACGUUUUUAUUCAUGUAUGUCAUCAAUUGAUCAUUAUGUUGGUUUAAAUGUUCAAUCAACUAUUGGUCUUGAUCAAAUGUCAACAUACGUAUUUUCAUAUUUUUAUGAUAUGGCGAAUGAUGCUGGACUUUUAUCUAAUGAAAAUGAUCCAUCAUUAAUAACAAUAAUACCGAUAAGAGUAUUAAAACAAACAGCGAGAAAUGUUUGUCGUGGUACAACAACAUCAUCAAACGAACAUCCUUUUUUAUGUUUUAAUUUAACAUAUAUUUAUUCAUUAUUAACAAAAGGUUAUGGUUUAUCAGAAGAUAUUGAAAUUCAUAUUUGUAAAAAAAUUCAACAAUUUCAAGUUGCCUGGUCUCUUGGUUUAGCUUUGAAAUUGUUAUAA